AUGAACCCAAUACAAGAUUUCAGUCCUAAGAAGAUUGUUUCGUUUCUUUCCAACAAAAUACAUUGCAGCCUGAAAACACCAUAUGGCUUUCUGGCAUCUUUGCUUACAAUCAAAUUCUCUGAAAUGAUUACUAUUGAGGAAAGUGAAGUACGUUUUUGUGCUGUAAGAUGGGCAACAUCUUUGUUUGAUCUUCAACACUGUCCAAGUCGCUUUAUUUGUAUGCUUGGAGCAGCAGAUGCUAAAUUAGAUAUCAGAGAAAUGGCACUUGAAGGUCUUUGUCUUCUUAAAAGUGAAAGUCAAAUUAUUGGUUUUGUGUAUCCUAAUCUGGGUACGAUGCUGGAUUACAUUCUUCGACAACAACCAAAAUUGUUAGAGUCCCGUGAAACUAGAGAGCAAAAUCUUGUUUUUUCUUUAAAUACAUAUGUGGCCAUGAUAAAAUUUUUAUUGAAGUGCUUCGAGUCAGAGUUGGAUCAAAACAAAUCCUUCGGAGGAUCAUCUGAAUUUAUGUCAUCUGUAAAGACACUCUGUUCUAUCCUGGAGCAUUCUAUGUCAUUUGAAGGCUCUGUUGAGAUGCAUGCCAAUGCUUCCAAGGCAUUGCUUAUAAUUGGAUCACAUAUGCCAGAGGUGGUAGCAUCACAUUUUGCUGCAAAGGUUUCGUGGCUUAAGCAACUACUAAGUCAUGUGGAUUGGGACACUCGAGAAUCCAUUGCACGUCUACUUGGUAUUGUGUCUUCUGCUCUUCCCAUCCCAGAUCAUGGUGCUCUUUGUGCGAUUGGAUAUGUAACUGCAAAUUAUUUGUCUACAACACCUAUGCCGGAAAUACUUCUCCAGGAUACAAUUAGAUGCCUGGUUGAUGUGGUUAAUUCUGAGACCUCUGCACUGGCUGCUACUGCAAUGCAAGCACUAGGUCAUAUUGGACUACGUAUUCCAUUACCCCCUCUUGAUGAUUCUAAUUCAGGUAAACUCAAGCCUGAUUCGCUGAUGAGCUUGUUUUGA